UUCAAGAUGGCAGCCCCCAUAUGCCACCUCUGACAUCGGUGAAAUCUCCAGAUUUUAUGGACGUUGUUCUUUUUUGUUUUAUUUAGAACCUAAAGCUAAAGAGAUACAAUGGGUAUUCUGGAGAAAAUAGCUGAAAUUGAGAGGGAAAUUUCCCGAACUCAGAAAAAUAAAGCUACUGAGUACCAUCUCGGAUUGCUGAAAGCAAAACUUGCCAAGUACAGACAACAGUUGUUGGAACCAGGGGGAAAAUCAGCAUCCAAGGGAGAGGGUUUUGAUGUGAUGAAAUCUGGAGAUGCCAGGGUAGCUCUUAUAGGAUUCCCAUCAGUAGGCAAGUCCACAUUACUGAGUACCCUGACAAAAACCAAAAGUGAAUGUGCUGCAUAUGAGUUCACAACCUUGACCUGUAUUCCUGGUGUUAUUGAGCAUAAUGGUGCCAAAAUUCAACUUCUUGAUUUACCAGGAAUCAUAGAGGGAGCUGCUCAAGGAAAGGGAAGAGGUCGGCAGGUCAUAGCCGUGGCAAGGACAGCAGAUGUAGUGGUCAUGAUGCUGGAUGCUACAAAGAGUAAAAUUCAAAAAGAAUUGCUGACAGCAGAAUUGGAGAGUGUUGGUAUACGACUGAAUAAAAGGAAACCUAACAUUUAUUUAAAACAAAAGAAAGGAGGAGGCAUAUCCUUUAACUCCACGCUACCCCUGACAAAGGUUAAUGAAAAAUUGGUACAGAUGAUCCUUCAUGAAUGGAAGAUCUUUAAUGCUGAGGUUUUAUUCCGAGAAGACUGUACAUCUGACGAGUUUGUUGACGUUAUACUUGGAAACCGAGUCUACAUGCCCUGUUUAUAUGUCUAUAACAAAAUUGACCAAAUCUCAAUAGAAGAAGUGGACAGGCUCGCAAGAGAACCGAGUUCUGUGGUGGUCAGUUGUAACAUGCGGUUGAACUUGGACUACCUGGUGGAGAUGAUCUGGGAAUACCUGGCUCUGGUCCGUGUCUACACAAAGAAAAGAGGAGAGAGGCCUGAUUUUGAUGGAGGGUUGAUUUUAAGGAAAGGGUGUACAGCAGAGCAUGUGUGUCAUGCUAUUCAUAGAACUAUAGUGGACGCAUUCAAAUAUGGAUUAGUUUGGGGUACUAGUGUAAAGUAUAGUCCCCAAAGGAUCGGACUUCAGCACUUGAUGAAUCAUGAUGACGUCAUACAAAUCAUCAAAAAUAUGAAUACAGAUCCAUUGGCAGUUGUCCUCAUCACUUCAGGAACUCGUGGCGACAGACUACUUUUCCGGUACCCAAACGCUGAACCAAUCAACCGUGGCGUGUUAUCAAAAACUAAAGGAAGCAAUCCAUAUGCAAUAAAAAUAACAGAGGACAUAUUAUCAAACAAAGAACCUGUAACCUCUUGUAUCAGAGACAAUACCUUAGUAGGGUUUUCGGAUUCUAUUUUGGCAAACUUGUUGGCUGCCAAGCAAGACCUGUGCAGAAAGCCUUUCGACCUUAAGAUAAAUGACGUCAGAUUUGUUGGAUUCCCCAUGUCUCUGGAUAUGGGGAAAUCAAAGCCAGGAGCCCACCAGAUUAUCUCAUUUAAUAUCAUUUUUGUGCUGAGGGCCUAUGUGACGUCCUCGGUGAUCCAGUGUUACACUGACCUAGUCAAGCAGAUCACAGUAGCCAUUCAUCAUGAGGAGGGACGAUGCCAGUAUCUGUCCUCUCAAGCAAAAAUCAUGCUGUCCGUCCAUGAUGAGGUGGCAGCCAUGCCAGAAGAUUCUGCAGAGUCUCCAUAUGCCAUGAUUCUUCCAAGAAGUUCUUUAGCUAAAUGCUUACAAACUAUCUUUGAAGAGUUAGUAUCUUAUUUUUCUGUCACUUUAUGUUAAAUGAAAGUAUCUGAUUUUUCUAUUACUUUAUUCAUCAUACCUAUCUCUAGUCGACUGAUCACAGUGUGGAGUCCACUACAGAGUCUACAGAUGCUGUCCCAGGAGGCCGACCUGGCCUUGUCACAGGUAUUCAACAUCGUUGGCCAUUUGGUGUAUUGGGGGAAAGCCACUAUCAUUUUUCCUUUGUGUGAGACUAAUGUUUACGUCUUGUCACCUGUGGCCAAUACUUACAUUAACUCGGACCUCUCAGAGGAGUUCAGUCAGCUGUUCUCUCUUUCCCUGUGUGGCCAGUUAGCAGAGUUCUCUUACCCUGUGAUGUUAAGAGAGUCAAAAGACGUGUUAAAACCAACAAAACAACAGGAUCAGAAGGUGAAGAUAGUAGUCUGGAUGUUACAGCAUCGACUCCUCAUCCAGCUCCACACCUAUGUCAUAUUCUGUCCUCCAGCCAGCCGCAAGAUAAAGAAGGUAUCAGAAGAAAUGGGCAGGUCUUCAGGGAUGCCUAUUGUUCCAGAGGAGGAAAGUUUGUCUGUUUCUGAUAUUGCAUCAGUUAACAGUGAUGAGAGUUUAGCCCUGAGUUACCAAGGAAUGAGCCAGUUUUCUAAGUCCCCCUCCUCUGAUGGGUCCCUGGUCUCUGAGGACCGAUACUGGCCCCUCCACGACGAACUGGCCCACCUCUCCAAGGAGGAGAGAGACAGCAUUCUGGAUACACAGGCUGCUAAAGAGAAUGUGGAGGAUCUAAAGCUCUUCACCAAACUCUUUCCAUACUUCAGAGGGGACCACCAUUUAGAGGAGAUCAUGUAUUAUGAGAAUCUCCACCGGUCUCAGUUGAUGGCCCUGCUGGAUAAGUUUCGGUCAGUUUUAAUCACCUGCCAGUAUGAGGAUCCUGCGACCUCAUUUACACACAUGGACCACCACCAGAAAACCUAAGGAUGCGUGGCAGGUGCCCUAAAUCCAGAGUCAUUCGCUGGGAUCAUUGUCCAGAUAGGAAGAGGGCUUAUGAGCCAAUCAAAGUCUGGGCUCAUCAAAUAAUGAAGCCCUCAUCACUCAUGUGAUGGAUCACAAGAAGUAUUGUGUGAACUUAUAUGAGCUAGGCAGAUCUGAAUCGCAUACAUACUGUACAUGUAUGUGGAUAGAAGUCUGUGCAGUUUUUAACAUGUGUAAAUCAUGUGCAGUAAUCAAAAAAAAAAAAAAACUUGCCGCCAACUCAGGAAGCUUAAAGUUGUAGUGUAUAGUGUCAACUUCAUCAAUGUAAAGGAUAACCUCAGUAAGACAUUCAAAGUAAAUGAUUGCCAUGUUUAAGUUGGGAGAUGAGAUACAGAUGACGGUCUUCCAGGGUGUCGAGUGCCAUAGAUUUUGAUUUAUUUGACUAUGAUCAAUGUGCUGGAUACUUAUUUAUAUGAAGUGUUUGUUUUUACCAUUUAGCCCACUGUGCAAUAAAGCCAUAAUAUAACAGUAAA